GAAGCUUCGUCUGCUCUGUGCAUGUUGUCACCUCAUCAUCUGGCUGGGAAAAUAUCAUCUAAUGAAAGCAAGUGUCUGUUUUGGUUGGGGGGAUUUGGCAUCCGAAACCCACCGGCUCUGUCUGUGUGAAAUAGGGAAUGAACGACGAGACAGCAUCGGACAGCUGGAAGAGAAACUCCGGGUGCUCCAGUAUUGAGCAAAUGCUGGCUGUGAAUCCCGGAAAGACGCCCAUCAGUCUGCUGCAGGAGUAUGGAACGCGGAUAGGUAAGACCCCAGUGUAUGACCUGCUGAAGGCCGAGGGACAGGCCCACCAGCCCAACUUCACGUUCCGCGUCUCCGUUGGAGAGAUCAGCUGCACCGGCCAAGGGCCCAGCAAGAAGGCAGCCAAGCACAAAGCAGCCGAGGCUGCUCUGAAGAUGCUCAAGGGAGGUCUCGGAGGUCCCGCUGGACUUAGUGUUGGAGUAGACGGAUUUAUUGGGGUUGAUGUGCCUGCUGAUGGAGACAACUCUCAGUCAGAGAUGAAGACUUCGGGCAAUUCUCAGCAGUCGGAAUGUAACCCUGUUGGAGCUCUGCAGGAGUUGGUGGUGCAGAAAGGAUGGCGUUUGCCAGAAUACACAGUCACCCAGGAGUCUGGUCCAGCACAUCGCAAAGAGUUCACCAUGACCUGCAGAGUCGAGAGAUUUGUGGAAAUUGUUUCCGGUUCGUCUUUAGGAAGUGGUACGUCCAAGAAGCUAGCCAAGAGGAACGCAGCAGCUAAGAUGUUGUCGCGUAUACACGAUGUCCCAGUGGACCUGAGGACCAGCAACGACGCUGAUGCAGAAGAUGACACGUUCACCAUGCAUAUGGGGAGCAGAGCUGAAUCGGGUAAAAGUAAAGGCUUCAGCUGCACGUGGGACUCUCUACGGAACUCUGCAGGAGAGAAGAUCCUCCAGCUCCGUAGCCACCCUUUGGGCAUGCCCUCCGACUCUAACUUCUGCUCUUUGCUGAGUGACCUGUCCACAGAGCAGUGCUUUGACGUCAGUUACCUGGACCUUGAAGAGCGCAGUCUGAGUGGCUUCUGCCAGUGUCUGGUGGAGCUGUCGACACAGCCAAUCACAGUGUGCCAUGGCUUCGCUCCGAGCAUAGACACUGCUCGCGCCAACGCGGCCCACAAUGCACUGCAGUACCUCAAAAUAAUGGCUGGAGGGAAGUGACAGGCCUCAUCAUUUUCUUCCUCACAGACUCGAACUCAUCACAACAAUGUGCCAGGAUGAAUUUCCACUCCAGACGACACUUAUCUCUCGUCAGCGAAAUGGUCGUAGCGUGUGUGAUGAGUUUCACCUGAAUUACCUCAGAUUUGGAAAUGAAGACUUUUUUUUCUGUCCCCAAACUAACCUAUGGAGCCCACCAUCAUCAUCACACUGAUAUCUAUUUGUUGCCAAUGAAGAUUUAGUUGCCCAAAAACUCAUUUACCCAUCACAUUGACAUUUUGCGUACAAAUUAUUUGUAGAUUUUUUUAAAAUAAGUUUUUGUUUGUUUGUUAUCUGCACCUAGCACUGUAUUUUCCUAAAAUCUUUAUCUUAAAAUACAAACGGUGCUCUUGCAGUGAGCUCCCAAAUAACUACUCACAUAUGCUGAUGCAACAAAAAGAAGGGUUUGUAGAAAUUGGGAUUGUGGAAUCCUCGAUGAUUGGUGCUUUGUUUAAUCUCCGUUGACGUGGAUCAGUGCAAGAAGAAAUUUCCCAGCCUUGCUGCUGAAUUGUGGAGAGAAAAGGACUCUUUUGCAUAAAUAUCAGAGGAUAAUUGUUUUAAAGACUUCCCCUUCAUACAGCUUGUAUGAGUAUUGAAAAUGUGACUUUUGUUGUGAUCAUUUCAAUUUUUCCAAUUAUUUUUUUAAUGCUCAAUCAAUUGACAUGUUUUAAGAUGUAAAAUUUUGGAGAUUAACCCUUUCUUUUCAUGUUAGUAGAAUUAUUAGGAGAUAUGAAAUCUCUAAUGUGUGCAACUCCCUUCUUCAUACCGUAGAGUUCCUUGCAACAGUUGGCCAACUCUCAACAAGAUCAUCACAGGUUUUCGCAUUCAUAAACACUACAAAAGAAAGAACUAAUACCAUGUCUUUUUAAUUGUGUUGAUAACUGACAGCUGCACACAUAUUACAAUUGAAUGUAAACCUUAUUAUUAGUAGUUCACACUUGUCAGUGUAAUUAUCGCAGUUUCAAAAUUAGCCCUUUUUCCCCGUCACCCUUCUUUUAGCAGACUGCAAUGAUUUUGUGAAUUUCUUUUGGUGUAAAACAAAUGAAAUUCAUGAUUGGGCUGAAAGAGGAAUGUGAAUCUUUGAUAAAGCCUUUUUUGUGUUAUAACUAAUGGAUCAUUAAACAAAGCCUUACUUUUGACUUUCAAGAUUGACCAGGCAAAUAAAACCACAUAUUUUAAUGUGGAGUCCAAGGUUUUUACCUCAAGACAGAUUGUGUUCAUUAUGCCGAGUUUGUAAUGUGAAACCUUUUAAUUUUUUUUGUCGAUGUGACCUUGAUUCCUGUAAUAAUAUUUCCAGGUUGUAUUCUCCACCUACCUGUAGUGUCUUUGUCUGAGGUUUAAUUAUUAUCUUCAUUACCUUAAUCACUUAUAUGCUGUCUUGCACAGUUUAAAAAAGGUCUCAGUAUUGAAAAUGGUAGAGUCUGCAAUACUUUAAAAGAUAAUGUCGUUUGCACAAUGUAGGCUGACAGAGUUCCUGUACAUCACAUUGCAGUGUGCUUGACGUAAUGUUGACCUCAUUCUCUGGAAAGGCAGAACAGCAUGUUUUCUGAUUACUGAAAUAAGGAAGUUACAUUGUUUGGGGGUUUUUUUAAAUUUAAUUUAAUGUGCUGACACUCUUGACAUCAAUUCUGACAUUAAAUUCCAAAUACUCAACUUCUUUAUGGUGUUAAGAGGAAACUGUGCCCAAUUUUAAAAAAAACAAAUGAACUCAAAUGUGAGCUCCCUGUCAAAAUGACUGUUUCCAAUAAAGCGUCGUUUGUUGUAAACUUUACUGCAAACUGUCAUAAUCAAAUAUGCUCAAAGUUCUGAUUAAACCUGCCAAUCUAGUCCAAUAAUGUACAGCACAAC